GCGAGAUCGGCUCCGCCCGGAACUUCCGUCCCCCACCAUAGCUCUCCCGGCCUGGCUAUGCCGUGUAGAAUUUUGUGGGGUGCCGCACGUCGUCUGUGGGCCUGCCGGGCUCCCUGCCAGCCUCACCGGUUUUUUGGCUGCAGCGGCCCGCCACUGGAGGAGCUGUUCGUCCGCGGCGGGCCCUUACGAACCUUUCUGGAGCGCCAGGCGGAGUCAGAAGCUCAUUUACAAGUCAGGGGCCUUGAGUUGAUGGCAGUGGCCAAACUCCUGAGCCAGAAGGAGCAGGAGCUGCGGGAGACCGAGCACUUGCUGCGUGAUGAGAAUGAAGAGUUAAGGAAACUUGCAGAGAAUGAAAUAACUUUAUGUCAAAAAGAAAUAACCAAGUUAAAGCACCAGAUUAUCUUACUCUUGGUUCCCUCAGAAGAAACAGAUGAAAAGGAUUUGAUCUUGGAGGUAACUGCAGGAGUUGGGGGUCAGGAGGCAAUGUUGUUUACUGCAGAGAUGUUUGAUAUGUAUCAGCAAUAUGCUUCAUUUAAAAGAUGGCAUUUUGAAACCCUGGAAUAUUUUCCAAGUGAAAUAGGGGGCCUUAGGCAUGCUUCUGCCAGCAUUGGUGGUUCAGAAGCCUAUAAAUACAUGAAAUUCGAAGGAGGAGUGCACAGAGUACAAAGAGUGCCGAAGACUGAGAAGCAAGGCCGCAUCCAUACUAGCACGAUGACAGUGGCAAUAUUACCCCAACCUACGGAGAUUAAUCUGGUGAUUAAUCCUAAAGAUCUGAGAAUUGAUACGAAGCGAGCCAGUGGAGCUGGGGGUCAGCAUGUAAAUACCACAGACAGUGCUGUCCGGAUAGUUCACCUUCCAACAGGUGUUGUUUCUGAAUGUCAACAAGAGAGAUCUCAACUUAAAAAUAGAGAGACAGCUAUGAAAAAGUUACGUGCAAAGCUUUACAGCAUGCAUCUAGAGGAAGAAACAAGUAAAAGAUACAAUGCUAGAAAGAUUCAGGUUGGAACUAAAGGAAGAUCAGAGAAAAUAAGAACAUACAAUUUUCCACAGAACCGGAUCACAGAUCACAGAAUAAACAAAUCACUGCAUGAUCUUGAAGCUUUUAUGCAAGGAGAUUAUCUACUGGAUGAACUUAUACAGUCAUUGAAAGACUAUGCUGAUUAUGAAUCUUUAGUAGAAAUUAUUUCGCAAAAAGUUUAAGGUUGUUAUUAAAGCCUUUUAUAUAACGUAUGGCUUAGAAAAAUUUUUAUUGCAGUAAAUACCCACCAGUACUUUCUUGAAAAAUGUGUUAACCAGGUGGAAGUAAUGUGCAUAUUCUUAAGGCGUGGAUCAUUACCUUAGAUCUCUCUCAAUGUUUUAGUAAAACACACACCCAGGAUCACCAUUACUGUUGUCAUAAACCUCAAACUCUUUUGCAUAAGAUGUAGACAAUGGAAAAUAGUCAUUUUUUUCCAGUAAAAUAUUUAACUGGUGAUCAAAAAUUUGGUUUAACUAUUAGAAAUGCUUCAAAUAUAAAAUACAUACCACACUAAUCAGUGUCCAGAUAGGAGACUGAAACCGUGUCAUUAAUUUGACUGAUAAUGAAAUAAAAAAGAACUCUUAAUACAGCAAGAGGUGGUACCUUAGGAGUGAAGAAACACCAAAGGAAAGAACACCCUUGCAAGCUCCCACCCACUAAACACAGGGCUGUUAGAACCACUCAAUGAUGGGAAGGUUCCUGUGUUGCCCUGGGUCAAGGUGGUAUACAGCUAGUUGAUCAGGCCUUAUAAGCAGACAGCCUCAGACCCCAGCAACUGCAAGAAACUUUCUGUCAAGGUAUAAGUAAAAUUUAUUGUCUAGCAGAAACAAUAGGAUGUGUAUAUAUAGAGAAGAUUGGCUCAUGUAAUUAUCAAGCCCGACAAGUCCAAAAUCUUCAGCAUAACCCAGCAGUCUGAAGACCCAGCAUGGUACAGUCCCAGACCUAAGACACCCUGCUGGAGAAUUCUUUCUGUUUGGAAGUAGCUGGUCUUGUUCUAAACAGACUAUCUGCUUAUUGGAUGAAACCACUGACAUUAUGGAGAAAGUAAUCUGUCUAAUCAAAAUGCAGAUUUAGCCAGGUGGUUCUGCCACCUUCCUCGCAAACACAAGGACCCUGAGUUCA